UUUAUGGCAGUAUAUUCUCAUAUAAGGGUUAGGGUUUUUCAGAUUUUCAUUUAUUUUUCCUCUCUCCUGUAUGAACAAAAUACCAAUCCUUCUUCUUUAUUUAUAAAGACUUGCUUUGGCUUAUAAUAAUAUUCUAUACCAACUUUACUUUGUUCUUAGCGUUAAUUUAAUUAAUCAAUAUAUUAAUAGGGUAACAAGCAAGCAAGCAUACCAUUUGAAUAGCCAAAAGAAAAAAAAAAAAAAAAAAAAAAUCGAAAAUCACCCCAAACUGAUUUACCUUUGUUUUAGAGUUUAGAGUCUAAAAAUGUCUGAGCAUCAAGAGCAGAGUGAGAGGAGAAAUGGGCACGCCAGCAUGUCUCGCUAUCCCUCUCCUACUGCUACCUAUGAGGAUGUUCUUCAAAGUCCUGACCUUUUCUGGGAAAAGCUCAAAGCUUUUCACAUAUCUCUCGGCUUCAAGUUCAAGGUUCCGGUUGUUGGAGGAAAGGCUCUGGAUCUGCAUCAACUCUUCGUGGAAGUCACAUCACGUGGAGGUCUCGAAAAGGUAAUAAAAGAUCGCAAAUGGAAGGAAGUGAUUGUGGGCUUUAGAUUUCCUACAACCAUUACGAGUGCGUCUUUUGUUUUAAGGAAGUAUUAUUUAUCAUUGCUUUAUCACUUUGAGCAAGUCUAUUACUUCCGUAAACAACUCUCUUCAGUCUCAACCCCAGGCACUGCCAGUGAGAGCCUUGUGACUGGAUCUGCAAACGCAAUGGAAGAUGCCUCUACAAACCAAUUAACAGCUGUUGGAACUCAGCAGUUGCAGAUUGGCAGUUCUGUGACAGGGAUCAUUGAUGGAAAAUUUGAUAAUGGCUAUCUGGUUACAGUUAGGUUGGGGUCUGAUCAAUUUAAAGGUGUUCUAUAUCAUAUCCCCCAAAUGCAUCAACUGUCUCAAAGUUCAAAUACUUCAGAUGUACCUCCUCGACGCCGAAAGAGAUCCCGGUUAGCACAGGACCCCUCCAGGCCAAAAUCAAACAGGAGUGGUUAUAAUCAUUUCUAUGCUGAGCAUUAUGCUCAACUCAAACCUAUGUACUAUGGGGAAGAGAAAGUCAUCAGCAAGAAAAUUGGGAACUUGUGGAGCAAUCUGACAGAGGCCGAGAAACAGGUUUAUCAGGAGAAAGGGAUGAAGGAUGUGUGUGUGUGUGUGUGUGCAGUUUGAAUCCUGCAUUGUUUCAUUUGACCAUUGGAGCUCUCUUAAAACGACAUUUCUUGAUUGUGAUGUAGGUUUAUCAGGAGAAAGGGAUGAAUGAUGUGUGUGUGUGUGUGUGUGUGUGUGUGUGUGUGCAGUUUGAAUCCUGCAUUGUUUCAUUUGACCAUUGGAGCUCUCUUAAAACGACAUUUCUUGAUUGUGAUGUAGGUUUAUCAGGAGAAAGGGAUGAAGGAUGAGAGAUACGGAACUGAAAUGUUGGAAUAUCGAUCUUCCCAUGAUUCGACACCUCAAUAGCAUCUGAUGAGUUGGUCGUUAGGAACUAAAUGAUGGGGUUGUCAACCCUCCCUCGAUGUUUGUUUGUUUGUUGUUGUUGCUCAACUUUUCCCUUGAAAACUUUCUGUAUGAACAGAUUAUCUGAACCCUGCCCCUUUGCUCAGACUUUGGGUGAUCAGAUGGAAGAUCUUUGUAAAAUGUGGUUAUAUUAAUCUAUCAGAAUGCUAGAAGCUUAGAACAGUA